AUGGCAGAGACAAACCGCCUUCCAGAUACCUACGCUGCUCUGGCUUCGUCUCUCUCCUCGUUUCUCGCCGUCAGCAUACACCAGAUCAUGUACUUGCGGUCCAUAUACCCCCAACCCACCUUCGUGUCAGUCAGGCAGUUCAACCAGCCAGUUCGCCAGUCACGGCAUCCCAAGGUCUGCAGCUGGGUCAACGAUGCCUGUGCUGCAGUCGAGACACAACUGCUCAAGUCUACUGUAGCCUCAGUAGCGAUAGUCAUACUCUCGGUCUCGUCCAACAGGCCCAUGGAGAAGUUCACCUUUGACCUCUCCCAGAUCCCCCAAGUUGCUCCAGGAGACAUACAUACUCCGUUUGCGAGCUCCAGGCAGCAGCCGCAGCAACAGCAACAGGGAGAGAAUAAGAGUAUAUCGCAGGUUGAUUUAGAGGCGCAGUUUCGUGCAGUGCUUCAUCGGCUGUCAUCUGCCUGUGCGAGGUUGGCCCCGUUACCGCUAGACGACGAGUAUCUGCCCACUUUGCAUAUGGUCUUGAGACCAGAUGCUGAUGCACCUGCGGGCAUGGGCAAAGAUGACCAGCAGUGGAUAGCUGCUGAACCGGAACCCGAGCGUGCCAGACACGGAACGACACAGCCUCAUGCAAGGACGGUACCUGUACGAACCGUUGAUGUAGGGGAGAUGAAACUCGAGGUCUGGAUUGAAGAAGCCAGGAGCAAGUUUGAUACCGAUAGCAGUGCUCAAUAA